GUGACCUACUUCAUCGUCAUAGACAAACCAUCUUUUUUACUUCCACGCCCGGCGGCAGCUUGUGCCCUUGGAGAAAAAUUAUUUAUUUUGUAAUUUCAUGAUAAUUACUUAAAAAAUGGAUACAAGGAAGCUGACUGAAAUUUUGCGGGGAACCAUCGAUCCAAAUCAGAGGCAGCAGGCUGAAGAACAGCUUUCGCAGAUUCACAAAAUCAUUGGUUUUGCACCAUCAUUGCUUCAAGUGGUUAUGCUAAAUGAUGUACCGAUACCAGUGCGACAAGCUGGUGCAGUAUACCUCAAGAACCUCAUUUCAUCAGGAUGGCAAGAAAAAGAGCCUGAAGAGGGUGAACCCAUCCCAUUCAGCGUUCACGAUCAGGAUCGUGCCAUGACCAGAGAUAUGAUUGUAGAUGCUAUCAUACAGGCCCCGGAUAUAAUAAGAGUACAGCUGUGCAUCUGUUUGAAAACAAUUAUCAAACAUGAUUUUCCAACUCGCUGGACACAAAUUGUGGACAAGAUCCACAUAUACCUGCAAAACCCUGAGCCUGCCAGCUGGAUGGGUGCCCUUCUUUGCCUUUAUCAGUUGAUAAAGAACUAUGAAUACGACAUUGCCGAGAAGAGAGUGCCGCUAAUAGAAGCAAUGAACCUGCUUCUGCCCAUGAUGUACAAUUUAAUUGUGAAUCUCCAGGCUGAUCAAUCUGUAGAAUCAGUGCUGAUACAGAAGCAAAUACUCAAGUGUUUUUAUGGCCUAAUAAAGUACAUUUUGCCCCUGGACCUGAUUACAAAAGACAUUUUCACAAAAUGGAUGGAGGUGCUCCGCUCAGUGAUGGAGCAACCGGUGCCAGAGACUACACUGCAGGUGGAAGAAGAUGAACGUAUGGAACUACCGUGGUGGAAAUGCAAGAAGUGGGCAGUGCACACUUUGUACAGACUGUUUGAACGGUAUGGCAGUCCCGUGAACGCUCGCGAGGAGUACGUGCAAUUUUCCGAAUGGUAUCUAACCACCUUCACUGGCGGGAUCUUAGAGGUUCUCCUGAGAAUACUGGACCAGUACAGAAACAAGGUGUACAUUUCCCCGAGAGUUCUGCAACAGACCAUCAGCUAUAUUGAUCAAUGCGUGACCCAUGCUCAUUCCUGGAAGCUCCUGAAGCCACACAUGUUCGCCAUUAUUCAAGACGUGCUGUUCCCUCUCAUGUCGUACUCCGAAAGUGACGAAGAACUGUGGGAAACGGAUCCUCAUGAAUAUAUACGAAUCAAAUUCGACAUAUUCGAAGACUUUGUGUCGCCGGUCACUGCCGCUCAGACUCUGCUCGUAUCAUGUUGCAAAAAGCGCAAGGACAUGUUAGGACGUACGAUGCAGUUGUGUAUGCAAGUGUUGACGAGCCAGAACGGCGAGUACGGCCCCAGGCAGCGCGACGGCGCCCUGCACAUGGUGGGCACACUAAACGACUUACUUAUCAAGAAGAAAUUCUACAAAGAAGAGAUCGAUUCUCUCUUGAGCCAGUACGUGUUCCCUGAAUUCCACAGUCCGCUCGGUUAUAUGCGUGCGAGGGCUUGUUGGACUCUGCACUGCUUCGCUAGUGUUCGCUUCAAGAGUGACCAACUUCUCCUUGAAGCUGUCCAUUUGACAGUCACCGCGCUCCUCAAUGAUUCCGAACUGCCUGUCAAAGUCGAAGCAGCCAUUGCCAUUCAGAUGCUACUAUCUUCACAAGAAAAGGUACACAAGUACUUGGAGCCUCAAGUGAAGGCUGUCACUUCUGAGCUGCUCAAAGUUAUUCGUGAGACUGAAAACGAUAACAUAGCGAACGUGCUGCAGAAAAUUGUACCAUUGUACACUGAACAGCUUUUGCCCAUGGCGUUUGAGAUCACUGAUCAUUUGGCAACUACCUUCAGUAAAGUUAUUGAGACAGAUUCUGGAACUGACGAGAAGGCCAUCACAGCGAUGGGUCUUUUGAAUACAAUGGAAACAGUUCUCAAUGUAAUGGAGGACAAUCCUGAGAUCAUGGCUCAGUUGGAGAAGACAGUACUUCGCGUCGUCGGACACAUACUGCAUCACAAUAUUAUUGAAUACUACGAAGAAGCGAUGACGCUGCUUUGCAACUUGACUGCAAAAACUAUUUCAGAGGACAUGUGGAAGGUUCUGGAAAUGCUGUACCAAGUGUUCGAGAAAGAAGGCUUUGAUUACUUCACGGACAUGAUGCCAGUUCUUCACAACUACAUUACAGUGGAUACCAACGCAUUCCUUUCCAAUGAGAAUCAUAUCCUUGCUAUGUUUAACAUGGCUAAAGCUGUACUAAACUCAGAUGCUGAAGACGAGUGCGAGAUAUACGCAGCGAAACUUCUCGAAGUAAUGGUGCUGCAAUGUUCCGGAAAGAUCGACAACUGCCUGCCGUCCUUCGUCGAGUUGGUGCUCAACAGGCUCACCAGGAAGGUCAAGACUUCUGAGCUUAGGACUAUGCUUCUGCAGGUUCUAAUAGCUAUCCUGUACUGCAAUCCUCAUCUGCUGCUUACGAUCCUGGACAAGCUACAGGAGUCCGUGCCCAACGCGUCCAUAACACAGCACUUCCUCAAGCAGUGGAUACACGACACCGACUGCUUUAUGGGAUUGCACGACAGAAAACUAUGCGUGCUUGGUAUCUGCACACUGCUCGAGAUGGGUCCUCAGAGGCCAAACAUUGAAGAGAUUCUGCCGAAGCUGCUGCCAUCUUGUCUGGUGCUGUUCGACGGACUCAAGCGCGCCUACGAGGCGAGGGCUGAGGCCGAUGAAGAAACUUCCUCUGAAGAAGAUGAGGAAGAAGAAGAUGAAGAAGUGUUAUCAAGCGACGAAGAUGAUUUAGAAGAAAUGAACAAUGAAUACCUCGAGAAUUUAGCGCGAAUGGCUGUUAAAAACAGUGCGCAACAUGGAGUCAACAUGACGGCUAAGAUCGAGGACUACGAAGAGAGUGACGAUGUGAGUCCACUAGACGACGAUGAUUAUGAGGAUACUGCGAUAGAAUGCUACACCACUCCCCUCGAUGAGAAGGACUUCCCCGUUGACGAAUACGUCAAGUUCAAGAGCACGCUCCAUGCUCUGUCAACGAGCGAGCCAGCCUUGUACCACGCCCUAACAAGCGGCUUGAACGAGGCGCAACAGAAACAGUUAAAUGCUGUGUUCGUGCUGGCCGACCAGCGCAAGGCGCAACAAGACAGCAAGCGCAUCGAACAGAGUGGAGGCUACAUGUUCACCGUACCAGCGCAAGUCCCGACCAAAUUCAAAUUCGGAUCGUAAAAAAUGUUGCACACAUUUAUCGUUAACGUAUAUCACACUUGUCGAAUAUAUCCUCCAAUUUGCCGCUUACAUUAACUUCCAUUCAAAUAUAUCGGCUCUAAAUUGUUCGUUACACUUGUUAGUAUAGCAGUUAGUUGCAUAAGCUUGGCACUGAAACUGAAAAUUUUAUUAGUGUUGUUGAUCCUACGCAGGCGGCUGGCCGCGGCUUAAAUUUCCAGUGAGGCUAUAAGCUACUAUAAAUAGGCCCUCUACCUUUGUGGUAUUGCAAGCCAGAGACCAAAAGAGGAGCAUAUAUUACAAGUGUGCAUGCCUGAUUUUGUAUGUAUAUUCACAAACGUGAACGAGUUAUAAAUGUUUUGAAUAUUUACAAAGUGAUGAGUAAGUGAAAUAGGAUAACAGUCAAUUUGGAGGGCCUGAUAUUUUAAAUAGAUUAUAUCGCAUUGUAAUUAUUCAAAGUAUUUAAAUACUGAUAUUGUAAUUCAUACUGUCCUUUUUUGUUUAGUGCAUGGAUUUGAUUGAUUUUUGAUGACUGAAUGUUAAAUUAGCAGUUGUCUCUGUCUUAUUACUAAUGAAAGAUCUAUUUCAUUUAAAAUGAGAAUUGAUUUUAAUGCUCCAACUCCACGUUGUUGUUCACAUACACUGCUAUUUAUUGUAAUAGAUACAUUGGGAACUAGAUGUAUCCCUGCGUGUUAUCGGUCAUAUGUACACAAUAUAUAUGUUUGUAGUUAGUUGGGUUCCGUAUUUUAAUGCUCGUUAAACGCCUUCAUUCAUAUUUUAAAGUCAUAUUUAGCAAUACAUAUAUAUUUUAUAGUUGUAGUUGUAUAUUUUUUAUGUAUAUAGGUACAACAUGUCUACUUUCAGAUAAUAUAGGUAUUGCUUUUCCUGUAAAAGAAUUGAUAGUUACAGUCAGAAAUAUAUUAAGUACAUAUCAUUACAUCUCGCUGGCAUGGUAUAUAAUUAGGACAAACACAUACCUCAUGAAAAACCUUCAUUAGACUGUUUAGCUAGAACGUACGGAACCCUGGCAGGAUAAAUUAGCAUUUAUCUAAAAAGAUGUUUAUACAUGUAAGCGGAGUCUAAAAGUUUAUUAAUUACAAAGUGACAAAAAAUAUAAAUAUGCUAUCAAAAUUAUGUUCAGCCAAUGGUAGUGUAAGUGACGAUAAAUGGACUCUUUUUUAAUUAAUUUAUUUACUCUGUUGCCAACCGAAUGAAAUCAAAGUUAUUCAAACUAAAACUGUUGUAGUGAGAGACUGUUGUAAUUAUGUGAAUUCCUUUUGAAUUACUGUCCAUAUAUCCAUUCUUCACGGAAUGUGUAUAUGGUUAAAAUAAUAUUUUAAAUAAUAAAAUGAAAUAAACUGUUUUCUUCACCUCUGACUUUCUACGUCUGAAACUGGCUCAUGAACUUCAACUUUAUCCAAACAGUUAAACUGUUCACUUAAAAUGUACAAGUGUAUGCAAAACUGCAGUUGUACUGACAAUUAAUGCAUUUUGAAUACAUCGUAGAUAAGCAAACUGCACAGAUUAAAACUUAAAAUUGUGCAGUCAAAAAUGAAGAUCAGUAGCUGGCCUAAGGGCAUUUAACUGUAAACCUGCAAUGCUUGUUUGCAAUGUAACAAUGUUUCUCACUAACGUGUUUUAUUUUUUAUUAUGUUUUUUUUUCGCAAUAAGUAUAAAAUACAAUGUUUUAUGCAUAUACAAUGUGCAUUGACUAAUCUGGUAGUUGUCGUUCAAUCGUACAUGUAUUAAGUUUAAAAAAAUUAUAAUGCUGUUGGCAAAACUUUGUUAUUUCUGUUUACUGCUGUGAAGAUAAUUGUUUUGGUUAUUACGGAAAAAAGAUUUUUUCAGCGUAAGACAAUAUAGAUCGAAUCGAAUUUGUUUGUUGGCAGUUAGCAAAGUUUUCAGUGAUAAAUAUGGUAAGGGUUAUUUACGUUGCGAGCGCUAAUUGUACUCUGAAAUUUUGUAUAAUAUAUCUGCAAGAUUGUCAAGAAAAGUUAAUGGUAAUAUUACCAAAAUGACGUAAUGAUAAACUGUACAUUGUGUAUAACAUUUUGAUUCGUCACCCAAUAGUUGUUAAUAUGUUAUUAAUUCUGAUAUUCAUCGUCAGACUAGAUUGUUGGUAUAUACGUACACAGUUUGUUGGUUACCUUUAAAUUGUUAUUUAAUUGGAAAUGCUAAUAUUUCAUGUUGAUUUAAUGAGGCACAAUGAUGGAUAGGCACUAACUUUGUUACUGUAUUUUCUGGCUGAAGGUGUGAUAAGACUGUUUUGACCAUACUAGUGAUUACAUGCUGAUGGAACAUUUGUCUUGUGAAAUCAGGGAGUGGUUGCCUCAUGGAGGCGACACACCAGUCUCGAACAGGCUUCUAACAUCUGACAUAGUAUGGUUCGAUAAUAAUGAGAGUAAGAGAUUAGAAUGUAAGCCACCCGUAAAAUGGGCUAAGCUCGUAUAUUUUUUAUGUAAUUAAUCAGCCUUAACUCUGAAAGAAAAUUGCCAGGUCUAUGGUUUUCAAUAUCAUAUUGACUUUUAUACAAACAGAUAAUAUGUACAUUUUAAAGUUGUACGAAAAUGUCUAAGGUGUCCGAUCUCAUAAGCGUCAUACUUACCCGAAUACCAAGUGAUGUUGAUUAAUUUAUGUGUUUUAAAUUAUGUCCAAACUUGAAUAAGAUGAGGUUCACAAUGAGAUUGAUUUAAUUUGUAUCUUCUAUUGAUACAACCAAUAUUACAAAGUUAUUGUGAAGUCAGAAUAUCGGAAUAAUGCUUUUGCACACUUCACGGUUGUUAUUUUGUUCUAAAUGGUUGGUUAGUGUCCACCAAUCGAAGAAAUAUAUUACGUCAAUAUUAUUAUAAGCGUUACUAAACCGCAUGAUGUCUAAUAGAACUUACUGUCAUCACUGAUUUGUCUGUGUGAUUUGUAUUAUUAUUAUUCUAUAUCGCAGCUUAGAUGUAUACACGAUUAUAAAUAAUCUGUAUUUUCUAUAAA